AAACCAGACCUAACAGUGUGCUUUACUAGCAGCUCUGGGACAAUGGCAAUGCAUGAGGGGGUUAUAGUGCUGCUUCUUCUUUUAGGUUGCAGCUGUGAAGCUCAACUGAAGUCUGGGUUUCUUGUGAAGACCCCUCAAGUGGCUGCAGUUUAUCAAAAUGGAUUAGGUGCUCCCCAGGUGGUGGCAGCUGGCUAUCAGGUUGGGGUAGGGGCUCCCCAGGUGGCUUCGACCAGCUAUCAGGUUGGCGUAGGGGCUCCCCAGGUGUCUUCGACCGGCUAUCAGGUUGGCGUAGGGGCUCCCCAGGUGUCUUCGACCGGCUUCCAGGUUGGCGUAGGGGCUCCCCAGGUGGCUUCGACCGGCUAUCAGGCUGGCGUAGGGGCUCCCCAGGUGGCUUCGACCGGCUAUCAGGCUGGCGUAGGGGCUCCCCAGGUGGCUUCGACUGGCUUCCAGGUUGGCGUAGGGGCUGCCCAGGUGGGGGCGACCGGCUAUCAGGUUGGCGUAGGGGCUCCCCAGGUGGGGGCGACCGGCUUCCAGGUUGGCGUAGGGGCUCCCCAGGUGGGGGCGACCGGCUAUCAGGUUGGCGUAGGGGCUCCCCAGGUGUCUUCGACCGGCUAUCAGGUUGGCGUAGGGGCUCCCCAGGUGUCUUCGACCGGCUUCCAGGUUGGCGUAGGGGCUCCCCAGGUGUCUUCGACCGGCUUCCAGGUUGGCGUAGGGGCUCCCCAGGUGUCUUCGACCGGCUUCCAGGUUGGCGUAGGGGCUCCCCAGGUGGCUUCGACCGGCUUCCAGGUUGGCGUAGGGGCUCCCCAGGUGGCUUCGACCGGCUAUCAGGCUGGCGUGGGGGCGACCGGCUAUCAGGUUGGCGUAGGGGCUGCCCAGGUGGGGUCGACCGGCUAUCAGGUUGGCGUGGGGGCGACCGGCUUCCAGGUUGGCGUAGGGGCUCCCCAGGUGGCUUCGACCGGCUAUCAGGUUGGCGUAGGGGCUCCCCAGGUGGCUUCGACCGGCUUCCAGGUUGGCGUAGGGGCUCCCCAGGUGGCUUCGACCGGCUAUCAGGCUGGCGUAGGGGCUCCCCAGGUGGCUUCGACCGGCUAUCAGGCUGGCGUAGGGGCUCCCCAGGUGGCUUCGACCGGCUAUCAGGCUGGCGUAGGGGCUCCCCAGGUGGCUUCGACCGGCUAUCAGGUUGGCGUAGGGGCUCCCCAGGUGGCUUCGACCGGCUUCCAGGUUGGCGUAGGGGCUCCCCAGGUGGCUUCGACCGGCUAUCAGGUUGGCGUAGGGGCUACCAAGGUGGGGGCGACCGGCUUCCAGGUUGGCGUGGGGGGGACCGGCUAUCAGGUUGGCGUAGGGGCUCCCCAGGUGGGGGCGACCGGCUAUCAGGUUGGCGUAGGGGCUCCCCAGGUGUCUUCGACCGGCUUCCAGGUUGGCGUAGGGGCUCCCCAGGUGUCUUCGACCGGCUUCCAGGCUGGCGUAGGGGCUCCCCAGGUGGCUUCGACCGGCUAUCAGGCUGGCGUAGGGGCUCCCCAGGUGGCUUCGACCGGCUAUCAGGCUGGCGUAGGGGCUCCCCAGGUGGCUUCGACCGGCUAUCAGGUUGGCGCAGGGGCUCCCCAGGUGGCUUCGACCGGCUUCCAGGUUGACGUAGGGGCUCCCCAGGUGGUGGCAGCUGGCUAUCCGGUUGGCGUAGGGGCUCCCCAGGUGGCUUCAACCGGCUUCCAGGUUGGCGUAGGGGCUCCCCAGGUGUCUUCAACCGGCUAUCAGGUUGGCGUAGGGGCUACCAAGGUGGGGGCGACCGGCUUCCAGGUUGGCGUGGGGGGGACCGGCUAUCAGGUUGGCGUAGGGGCUCCCCAGGUGGGGGCGACCGGCUAUCAGGUUGGCGUAGGGGCUCCCCAGGUGUCUUCGACCGGCUUCCAGGUUGGCGUAGGGGCUCCCCAGGUGUCUUCGACCGGCUUCCAGGUUGGCGUAGGGGCUCCCCAGGUGGCUUCGACCGGCUUCCAGGUUGGCGUAGGGGCUCCCCAGGUGGUGGCAGCUGGCUAUCCGGUUGGCGUAGGGGCUCCCCAGGUGGCUUCAACCGGCUUCCAGGUUGGCGUAGGGGCUCCCCAGGUGUCUUCAACCGGCUAUCAGGUUGGCGUAGGGGCUACCAAGGUGGGGGCGACUGGCUUCCAGGUUGGCGUGGGGGGGACCGGCUAUCAGGUUGGCGUAGGGGCUCCCCAGGUGGGGGCGACCGGCUAUCAGGUUGGCGUAGGGGCUCCCCAGGUGGGGGCGACCGGCUAUCAGGUUGGCGUAGGGGCUCCCCAGGUGUCUUCGACCGGCUAUCAGGUUGGCGUAGGGGCUCCCCAGGUGUCUUCAACCGGCUAUCAGGUUGGCGUAGGGGCUACCAAGGUGGGGGCGACCGGCUUCCAGGUUGGCGUGGGGGGGACCGGCUAUCAGGUUGGCGUAGGGGCUCCCCAGGUGUCUUCGACCGGCUUCCAGGUUGGCGUAGGGGCUCCCCAGGUGUCUUCGACCGGCUUCCAGGUUGGCGUAGGGGCUCCCCAGGUGGCUUCGACCGGCUUCCAGGUUGGCGUAGGGGCUCCCCAGGUGGCUUCGACCGGCUUCCAGGUUGGCGUAGGGGCUCCCCAGGUGGUGGCAGCUGGCUAUCCGGUUGGCGUAGGGGCUCCCCAGGUGGCUUCGACCGGCUUUCAGGUUGGCGCAGGGGCUCCCCAGGUGGCUUCGACCGGCUUCCAGGUUGGCGUAGGGGCUCCCCAGGUGGUGGCAGCUGGCUAUCCGGUUGGCGUAGGGGCUCCCCAGGUGGCUUCCAACUACCAGGUUGGCGUAGGGGUUCCCCAGGUGUCUUCGACCGGCUAUCAGGCUGGCGUAGGGGCUCCCCAGGUAGUGGCAGCUGGCUAUCUGGUUGGCGUAGGGGCUCCCCAGGUGGCUUCCAACUUCCAGGUUGGCGUAGGGGCUCCCCAGGUGUCUUCGACCGGCUAUCAGGUUGGCGUAGGGGCUCCCCAGGUGGGGGCGACUGGCUAUCAGGUUGGCGUAGGGGCUACCAAGGUGGGGGCGACCGGCUUCCAGGUUGGUGUAGGGGCUCCCCAGGUGUCUUCGACCGGCUAUCAGGUUGGCGUAGGGGCUACCAAGCUGGGGACGACCGGCUUCCAGGUUGGCGUAGGGGCUCCCCAGGUGGCUUCGACCGGCUAUCAGGUUGGCGUAGGGGCUCCCCAGGUGGCUUCGACCGGCUUCCAGGUUGGUGUGGGGGGGACCGGCUUCCAGGUUGGCGUAGGGGCUCCCCAGGUGGGGCCAGCCGGCUAUCUGAGCAAGCAAGCUGCUCCUGCUCUGGUUAAAUCUGUGACUGGAAUGCAAGUGAACCCUGAUAGUGUGAGGGUUGUAUGUGGGGAGGAUUCGGUUAUGGUGGAUGUGCUACAGGACCUAGCUAUUGGCCAGCUGAUCAAUGCUUCAGACAUCACCCUUGGCGGCUGUGCACCCACUGGGCAGGAUGCUUCUGGCACAGUGAGGUUUCAGUCUGUGCUGCAGGCCUGUGGAAGUACACUGAUGAUGACUGCUGAUGCCCUGGUCUAUAGCUUUGCAUUGAUCUACACCCCCAGGGGUAUUAAUGGCAGCCCCAUUGUGAGGACCAAUGGUGCUGUGGUUGGCAUUGAGUGUCACUAUUCGAGGAAGCAGAAUGUAAGCAGCAAUGCCCUGGUGCCAACCUGGAUCCCCUACUAUGCUACAAUGGCGGCUGAGGCACAACUGAGUUUCUCACUGAGGCUGAUGGAUGAUGCAUGGCAGAAUGAGAGGGCCUCCAAUGUGUACUUCCUGGGAAGUGUCCUGAACAUUGAAGCCUCUGUCCUCGUGGGCAACAGUCAGCCCCUGCGUGUCUUUGUGGACAGCUGUGUGGCCACCUUGGUCCCUGAUGUGACCUCUGUCCCUAGCUAUGCUUUUGUGCAGAACUCUGGGUGCCUGACUGAUGCCAAGGUGACAGGAUCCCGCUCCCAGUUCCUGCCCAGAAAGCAGGAUGACAAGCUGCAGCUUCAGCUGGAUGCUUUCAGGUUCUCUCAGGAUGGCAGGAGCUCACUGUACAUUACUUGCAGCCUGAGAGCAACAGUGGCUUCUGUGCCUGUGGAUUCCCAACACAAGGCUUGUUCCUUCUCUCUUGCCACUAACAGGUGGGUGUCUGUGGAUGGGAAUGACCAGGUGUGUGGCUGCUGUGACACCAGCUGUGGGCUUGCAGGUGUAGCAGGUGCUCAAGGCACAGGUGUUCUGGGCCCCAUUGCUAUCCAACAGGGUCCUCCCACGGCUAGUCAGCCUGGACAGCUGUACCUUCUUAAGGGAUAGGUACUUACUGCCCUAACCUGCCAAGCUGUGGUACCAGGAUGGAAGGAGCCACUUAACUUUCCCAGCCUUUUCUACACUGUUUGCUGUUCCCCUAAUGUGGUGCCUGCUGCUGUGCUGGAACCCAAAGGCACCAUCUACUGUGACUCAAUAAAAUGCAUGUAUUUGA